AUGAAACGCACAACAACUUGCGAUGUUGCUGAUACAUCAGCAUCUGCAUCAUUAACUUGCUUAAAUGGCUAUGUAAUUCACAUAAACAAAAUAGCGAAAAACAGUUCGAAUGAAAAUCAUCAUUACUCUUUUCUUGUUUGCCUUGAAGAUCAAUCAACUGUUCGCGUUGUCAAAUACUUAGGAAAAGCACCAUCAUGUUGUUUAUAUCAACAACUAAAAGAAUCGUUGAAAAGUGGUAAUGGUGCAUCGAUUACAUCUCUACGAGAACAAAACGGACAGUUUGCGUGCACAGCGUCAACAAAAAUACUCGAAAAAAAACUCGAAUUUCGACCCGAAUGUAUAAAAACAGUCAGUCUUAGCAAUCUACGAGGUUGCCAUAAAGCUCAAAUGUGCACAGUUGAAGUGAAAGUGUGUGAAAUUCGUGAUGCCGUUCAAGUUGCAAUUGAACAAAACGAAUUCAAACGUAUUCAAAAAUUGAAAAAAUCGGUUGUUGUCGGCGAUUCCACUGGUGCGUUAGAAUUGACUCUAUGGGAAAAUCAAUUCGAUCAAAUAACGUUAGGAACGUCAUAUCAUAUUCGUCUACUUAAGAUACGCAUGUUCAACGAUCAAAUUUCAUUGAAUGCAACGUCGGACACGUCUUUUAUCAAAAUUGAUGAUCUUCGCGAAGUUAUCGAACAAAUCGAUAACAAUCUAAAUUCGUACAAAUCGGAUAAAGGUCAAAUUGUCUUCGUCGAACCACUCGACAAUCAAUACAAAUGCCAAGGUUGUGGUGACACCAAUUUCAGCGAAAACGAAAACACAAUCUCGUGUAAUGAUUGCCGAUCUCGAUUCCUAAAACAAGACACGAUUCAAGACGAUUUUAUCAAAAUCAAAAUUGCAACAUAUGCCAAUGAAGAAUACAAUCUCAAAGUUAACAAAUCUCUCUUAUCGGUAUUGUUGAACAAUAGUACUCUCUUGGGCACGACUGACACACAAUCAAACAACUUCGAAGAAAAUCUUGAAAUAAUCAUAGGAUUCAAUGUUGAAUUUGCUUAUGAUUAUCACAUCGGUUAUAUCAAUGCUCUUGAAAUAAUAAAUCAAAAUCAACCAAAGGAAGAAAGUAUCCAUGACUUUUUUUUCUUUAAUGAACGAUUUUUAUUUGUUUACAUUUGUUUAGAUCAACUAUCUGCUUGA